UUUAAACCCGUUGCUAAUUACAUGUCCAUCCCCAUUUCCGAACUUAUUUCAGUUUAAGCCCACCAGCACCAAGUUUGAUCAAUAUUUUUGCUGACCCAAACCAAAAAAAAAUUCAAAUCAACCGCGAGUAGGGAGGAAAAAGAAAAACCCAAAUCGUUUGAAUCUGAGUUUGAAUCAUUUUAUUUUUGUUGUGGCGCUUUUGCUUUUUGUUUAUGGUAAUUGUCUGAAAGUAGGGAGAUGGUAGCUGAAGCUGAGGUUGUUUGUCACCAGAGCGUGCCGGUGUCGGACGUUCCGUUUUUUGUUAAAGGAAGUAAUAUUGAAGAGAUCGAUGAAACUCUUGCGAUUAGAUCGCCGAAGUUCGGACAAGUUCGUGUUGCUGAAUCCGAUGUAUCCCUCUCUCAACAGGAUGCGAGAUCUGUAGAAAAAGUCCCGGAUCCAUGUGUUGAAUCCACCAUUCUGCAAUUUUUACCGAGCAUCCGUUCAGGUAGUUUUGCCGACAUCGGACCCAGAAGAUUCAUGGAAGAUGAACAUAUUAGAAUAGAUAAUUUAUCAUCACAUUUAGGAUCCAUUUUCAAGUUUCCAAAGCCUAGUGCGUUUUAUGGGGUGUUUGAUGGUCAUGGCGGUCCUGAGGCAGCUGCGUAUGUUAGGAAACAUGCACUUCGAUUCUUUUUCGAAGAUGUCAAAUUUCCCCAGACAUGUGAGGUUGAUGAUGUUUUCUUGGAAGGGGUUGAGAACUCGCUCCGGAAAUCAUUUCUUCUUGCAGACCUAGCUCUUGCGGGUGAUUGUACGGUGAAUAGCUCUUCUGGGACAACAGCAAUUACUGCUCUGAUAUUUGGAAGGCUUCUAAUGGUGGCCAAUGCUGGUGAUUGCCGAGCAGUUCUCUGCCGAAAAGGGGAGGCAAUAGAUAUGUCUGAAGACCACAGACCUAUAUAUCCAUCAGAACGGAGGAGAGUAGAAGAGCUGGGAGGGUUUAUUGAUGACGGGUAUCUUAAUGGUGUUCUGUCAGUUUCUCGAGCCUUGGGGGAUUGGGACAUGAAGUCCCCAAAGGGUUUGCCAUCACCUCUCAUUGCAGAGCCCGAGUUCCGACGGAUGGUUCUUACAGAGGAUGAUGAGUUCCUCAUCAUCGGGUGUGAUGGGAUUUGGGAUGUUAUGUCAAGUGAGCAUGCAGUAAGCCUAGUUUGCAGAGGGUUGCGACGGCAUGACGAUCCUGAGCAAUGUGCUAAAGACCUUGUCAUGGAAGCCCUACGUCGCAACACAUUUGACAAUCUCACGGUGGUUGUUAUAUGCUUCUCCGCACCUGACAGCCGAGAGCAACCAUCACCUCGGCAAAGAAGAUUGAAAUGUUGUAGUCUAUCAGCAGAAGCUCUAUGUAGUUUGAGGAGUUUGUUGGAUGGAAAUGCCAAUCGGUGAAUUUAAAUACUCAAAAAAACUAAAUCCAACAAACAAGCUUUUAGUAUUACAAUAAUCAAAACAUGGUAACGUUUUACAUCUUGUAAAUGAGGUCUUCCGGUGAAUGUAAAUACACUUUUUAGAUGA